AAAGAUUUAUUUAUCAUCUGAUGUUUCCGUACAUCAGUUUACUGACGGUCAUUUGAACUGAAGGAUGAUCUUUUUAUUUUAUUUAAUCAAACAUUUUUAUCUGUUCCACUUUGAUGUUUCCAGUGCUUCCAGUUAACCGACAGGUGAAUUGAGAACAGGUUCCAGUAUCUAAGCAGUAAAAAUGAUUCAUCAGGCCCUUUGUUCCUGAUUUAUUGCAAACUGAGAUUAAAUUUACUGCCCUCAUAAUGGACUCUUUGACCUUGUAGUUUAUCUUUACCUCGUUGUUAAACUUUACCACUGACCUCGUUUUGGUUUUUUGCUGACUAAGGUUUUUGGUCAGCAUCCUUGUUUUGAGUUGAAUUCCUUCCUGACAUUAUUAACCAUCUGCAUCAGAACCAGUCUGGCUGCUGAUAUUAAACAUGAUGUCCAGACUUUGUCUGAAUAUUUAUCACAGUUCCACAUGCUGCACAAGGCGCCUUUACUCCCCCCUGGUGAGCCUCCAGGCCCCAAAAUGUCUCUGCGCGCCCCUGGAUCCAUGCACAAUGUUCUGGUUUGAUGUGGCACCUGGACAGGUGAGCAAACAUCUUCAUGUCAGCUCUGUUAUAAAAUAAUAAACAUUUUCUGUUUAGCAGCAGUUAAUGUUUCACUGAAGGUUUUGUUUUGCCAAUAUGAUAAAGUAUCAAUGCCUUUUCUGAACACAACAAUAAAGUAAUAAAGUAAAUCAGAUAUGGUCUUUAUAAGGAGGAACCAGAGCAGAAGGAGGUCAGAUCUCUCAUCUCCUGUUCAGGUAAAACUUCUUCUUCUUUCUCAUUUCACUGACUAUUCUCUUCCUCAGUUUCCAGAAGUGAUGAACAUCUUUCCUGUUGUUGUUUGAUGCGUCGGCCUGCUUCGUGUUGUUAGCAGGUCCACAGCUCCCUGAGUCAUGGCCUCCAGCCUUCUUCUCGUCGUCCUGCUGCUCUGCUGUGUGGGUCAGGCUCACUCAUACCUGACCGUCAGAAACAUCAGGGCCCAAAAUCUGCUGCCUGACAAGUACAGCAAACCGGACGGCUACGCGAAAGUCUUCUAUGGAUCCAGCAAUAUGGGUCAAACGUCUGUGGUGCAGGGCAACCGAAAUCCUUCAUGGACACAGAGCUUUAAUUACUACAGUGCCAAGGUGGGCGGCCAGCUGACGGUCAAAGUUUACGACAAGGACGUCGUCUCCGAUGAUUAUCUGGGCGGCUGCACAACUAAGAUCAAGGUGGGAACCUUCGACGCGCGGUGCAACCUGAGCUCAGGAGGAACCUUGUAUCUGACCUACAGCUUCAGUUGAGCAGAGAGUUGCUGUCCUGCUUCAUUGUGGCAGAAAUCAGUUUCACAUCACUGCAUGUUUAUCAUGAAUGAUUGUAUCAACUUUCAGGACGAUUGUGAAAAUUAAAGGAUCAGAAUAAAUAAAUAAAGUAAGAAAUAAACUUA